AUAAGAAUGGAAGUCUACAAGCUUGAAGAGAUAUUUGCAGAAAAACUCACCGUUUCGCUCCGAAAUAAUCAUGGUGUCACAGUCCAAUUCAAAAUUAAGGAAAAAGAAGAGAAAGAAUCUAGAAUCAAAGGAAGAAUCAAGAAGAAGGAAAAUGCGAGGAGAAGGAAGGAAACCACUUAUAGUAUAUUUCCUCAGAUACCCUUAAACUUGAUACACUGAUAUUUUUAGACUCACAAACCAGUAAAAGUCCCUAAAAUAUCCUCAUUUACAAUUCGUGACAUUCUCGAAAAUGGGUCUAAUAGGCGUACUAGCUCAACUGCUUUUGUCAGUACUAGUGGGGGUAGCACUCGCAAAGGAUAAUGGAAGAUGGUUUUUUUAUAUCGUGGUGUUGUACGUUGCAGCAGCUGCGAUAACCUUUCUUUGUAAAUUUAUGCCGGUACUUUGGGUCAGUGAAAGCCAUUGUUCCAUGGUCGUACAAAAAACAAAAAAAUAUUGGCGAAGAAACUCCAUUCCAAGUGUUCGCUAGAGAACACAAGGAUUUAUUAAAGGAAGCUGAAGAGUGGAUGAAGAAAACGGCAGAAUCUUCUACAGUCGUAGGUGCACUCAUCAUAACUAUUAUGUUUGCCGCGGCUUUUACUGUUCCUGGUGGUAAUGAUCAAAAUACUGGCUUCCCCAUAUUUUUGAACUCAACGGGUGAACCUUCUACACCGGUACCUUUCACGGUAUUUAUGGUAUCAGAUGCAGUUUCUCUUUUUACUGCAUCUGGUUCAGUGUUAAUGUUUUUGGGGAUCCUCACUCCACGUUAUGGUUAUCAAGAUUUUCUAAUAUCCUUACCCCUUAAGUUGAUGAUUGGUGCGUGUUCACUCUUCAUCUCCAUUGUAACAAUGGCGGUGGCAUUUUGUACUUCUCUUUUUAUUAUGUUAAAAGGUCGAUUGGUGGUCUUCAUUCCAAUAACUUUGCUUGCUGGCCUUCCUGUCAUUCUCUUUAUGUUGGUGCAGUCUCAACUUGUUUUUGAGAUUUAUUCUUCGACCUGUAGAUCACACCUCUUCGGUCCGUCCUUUGCAACCCUACUAGGGAAAUAUGUCUGGUCGCGGUUACUUAUAAGUAGACUGUUCAUAAGAAGGCCGAGAGAUAAUUAGUUAAGGUUAUGUAAAUAUAUAUUUUUUAUUUUGCCAUAACUCAAGUGGUUUGGAGGAUUGUAAUAUUCUAUACAUGUUGUAGUUACAAUGAAUAUCUGGUGGAUGC